UUAAAUCAUUGACUAGAUCCUCAAAGGUUCAUAGAAGUCGUCUCUGCUCCAGGGGUCUGCCAUUUCCAAACAGCCCCGGAAAGAUUGCGCAGGACUGGAUAAAUAAUUAAGAAGAGAGUGUUCUGAACGUUAACACCCAGGGGGCAAGCCUUAAGCUGAAGGUACAGUAUACUGUUUGCACUGAAGGAGCCUGUGCGUGGACGAGAAAGCGCUGACAGCUCAAAUGGAUCCCCUGGAACUGAGCAAUGUCAACAUCGAACCUGAUGAGGAAAGCACCAGUGGAGAAAGUGUUCAAGGCAGCUACACCGGGACGGGAAAUUUAGAAAAGGCAGCAAUGAGCAGUCAAUUUGCUAAUGAAGAUGCUGAAAGUCAGAAAUUCCUGACAAAUGGAUUUUUGGGGCCAAAGAAGCUGACAGAUUACGACGAUGAACAUCAUCCUGGAACCACCUCCUUUGGCAUGUCUUCUUUCAACCUGAGUAACGCCAUCAUGGGCAGUGGAAUCUUGGGCCUGUCCUAUGCCAUGGCCAACACGGGGAUCAUACUUUUCAUAAUCUUGCUGCUUGCUGUGGCAAUCCUAUCACUCUACUCCGUUCAUCUUUUAUUAAAGACCGCCAAGGAAGGAGGAUCUUUAAUUUAUGAAAAACUAGGUGAAAAGGCAUUUGGAUGGCCUGGGAAAAUUGGAGCUUUUAUUUCCAUUACAAUGCAGAAUAUUGGAGCCAUGUCAAGCUACCUCUUUAUCAUUAAAUACGAACUACCUGAAUUAAUCAGAGCGUUCAUGGGACUUGAAGAAAAUACUGGAGAAUGGUACCUCAAUGGCAACUACCUCGUCAUUUUUGUGUCGGUUGGAAUCAUUCUUCCACUUUCUCUUCUUAAAAACUUAGGUUACCUUGGUUAUACCAGUGGAUUUUCUCUCACCUGCAUGGUGUUUUUUGUCAGUGUGGUGAUUUACAAGAAAUUCCAAAUACCCUGCCCUCUGCCUGUUCUGGAUCACAACGCUGGAAAUCUGACAUUCAACAACAGCCUUCCGGUGCACGUGGUAACGUUACCCAACAACUCUGAGAGUCGCGGUGUGAACUUCAUGAUGGAUUACACCCACCGGAAUCUUGCCGGGCUGGACGAGAACCAGGCCGAGGGCUCUCUGCAUGGCAGUGGAGUAGAGUAUGAAGCUCACGGUGAUAAGUGUCAGCCCAGAUACUUUGUAUUCAACUCCCGGACGGCCUAUGCAAUUCCCAUCCUAGCAUUUGCCUUUGUGUGUCACCCUGAGGUCCUUCCCAUCUACAGUGAACUUAAAGAUCGGUCCCGGAGGAAGAUGCAAACAGUGUCAAAUGUUUCUAUCACAGGGAUGCUCAUCAUGUACCUGCUUGCUGCCCUCUUUGGGUACCUAACCUUUUACGGAGAAGUUGAAGAUGAGUUGCUUCACGGUUACAGCAAGGUGUACACAUUUGACACCCCUCUCCUCAUGGUACGCCUGGCAGUCCUCGUGGCAGUAACACUAACGGUGCCCAUAGUCCUGUUCCCCGAGCCCAAGAAGAGAUGACAAGAAUUUUGUUGUCGGUGUUGGUGGUUGGCUGGAUUCCCUUUUCAUUUCUCCAUGCAUUGCCUUUUUUUUUCCCCCCGAGUCAGGUUAGCUUUUUCCCUGUUAGUAAAAGGCACAGAAUAAAUGCUUGAAGUGUUUCUUGAGCACAUAAAUAAAGUGAAUAAGAUGCUGGCUUUCUCACUAGCCAUCCAACAUUGUUUUCUCUUUCUUAGAAGCGGGAGGGAGGAGCCAUGGGGCUGGGGGUGUCUAUUAUGGGACUGCACCUCCUUCCCAGGGACUAAUCAUGCCAUUUUCAGCUUGUGCUUCCCUUUGUGCAGAAAAUGCACUUACUACCAUGAAAAGCAGAAAAUCCAAUAACCCUAAUGGGUUUAUCGAGAACACAUAGACUCAAAUUCUACCCACUGCACCUUAAAAAAAAAGAGAGAGAUCAUAUCUCAGAGUCUCUAGCUUCUUCUAUUUCAUUAGAUUAUAGUAAAACCAUCCCUUGCUCUUACGUUGCCUUUAGACCUCCCGUUUUGAGGCGUACGUAGAUAUAGUCAUAGAAAGAUGGCAGGUGUUGCUGUGAACUGGACUAGAACACGGAUGCCAGUGUGGUCCAGGCAUUUCCAAUGCUCCUGUCCUAAGCAGUCCUGCAAAGUGAGGCUGUGAUUCACUUCAAAGCAACAGAAUUGAUAGAAUUGAUAGAGUUGAUUGAUUGAUUGAUUGAUUGAGUUCAGAACUAACAGUGCUUCCACAUUCUAUGCAGCCUCCACAUUUCUGACUUUCACAUGGGGCCCUACAUCAGAACACAGCAUCUCCCGAACAGGCUCCUGUUCGGAACGCUGUCUCUGGAAACAACAGGUGUUUUCUCGAGAGCUGUGGGGAGCUCUUCUGGAACGGUUCCGGGGUUAGAGGCUGUGGAGGGUGCUGGGGAUGUCCCCACACAAGGCAUCUGACCCACACUUGCAGGUUCUUGUCAGUUUGUGUCGGUGGAGCAAAGGGCCUAAGUGGAGCAGCCGGCACGGCUUUGUGGAUAAUAAGCCGGAGUCGCCUGUGUCCUGACACAGCCAAGGGGAGCUGCCGGAACCUGUGACCCCAGGCGCACACGCAAGGCUGCAUUUUAACCUGGAAUGAAUAGCAAGCUCCCUUCUACUCUUUUCCUCCACCUGCCACGGCCGGCAGCCUCUAUCUCCCCGUUUGCCCCAUUGCCCAUCUAAGACGUGCACUGGCAACCCUACAUGCCUUCAGCUCUGUUUGGGAUUUCCUUAUUCCCUACUGACUAUGAAGAGCAAACUUUCACCAUUUAUUUCAGCCAUUAUUCCGCAAACUUUCUAUACUAUUACAUCAUUAGGCCAACUCUUAGUCUUUCUGGGAGCCUUGAGACCUGAGAAAACUGCAUUUAUUUACAUUCCAAGACCCCAUACAUAUAGGUUUGCCUCUGACUCAGCUUAUUGAGUUAAACACAUUAUUUCAACAAAGGACUAAUAAAGCAUAUACGUGUGACCUCUGCCCGAAAAUAACCUGCAUUCUGCUUGCUUAGGCUAUAAGUUUGUCAUUCUCAGACAAAUAAACCCUUAAACCCUAUGUGUGUACCAUAGAAAGCUUAUUUUUUAUGUUUAUUUUUUGAUUUACAAUGUUGUGUUAGUUUCUGGUGUACAGCAUAGUGAUUGAGUUGUAUAUAUAUGUGUGUGUGUGUGUGUGUAUGUGUAUUUAGAAAGCUUAUUUUAAGCUCGGACAAUAUUGAACGAACACUAAUUGUAGGUCAUAAUUUCUAGGCUGCUGAGGAAAACAAAAUCAAACUGUUCGCUUUGCUCAGUCUACUUUUCAGAGUGAGUUUCAUCAUGUUCGCUCAUCCAACUUUUAAAAUCCGUUACAAACUCACUCUGUAGUCGUUUCCAGAGACUAGCUGGCGUUGCCAUUCUGGAAGUGAACUUGCCUUUUAAACCUAGACAGAUGGCUUUAAUUUUUGACAGAGUGGUGUGAAAGGAAUGUCACGUUAGACACAGCAAGCCAUUCAGCUCGAAGCAUUUGUCAUUCAUACGUGUGUUUCAAAAUAUAUUUUACAUUUUCUCUCUUUUAAAAGAAUUCCCACCUCUACACCAUUAAAAGACUUCAGAGGCAAAGUUUUAAGGGAAAAAAAAUCACUCCCAAUCUCGGCAUUUCUAAAAACGGGAAAUCCUAGCUUAACUGAAGUGCUCACUGCUUGCAAAGCCAAUCAACUAAUUCUACUGAGUCAAAAAAGUGUCCUCUAAAAGAUUUCAAAGAUAAGAAUAUUUCCACCUUUGUUAAGCUCUUCAACCAUAAACGGCAGUCCCUCCCUCGACCCACAGGGAUCUUUUUAUCCAGUUACAUCAGAGUAACUUGAGUGGCUGCUACAACUGGAGCCUUACUUGACCCUUCACCUGCUCUUUUCAGCUGCUGAAAUAGGGCUGAAAUCUGUCAAGGAUCCUGAAGGAAGGGAAAAGAUUAAUUCUGUUCAAUUUAAUUCAGCAUUUAUUGAGUGCCUGCUGUGUGUAAGACACUAAGGUAGAAACGCAGAGGAGCGUUAGGGUCAUUAGGUUUUCGUCCUUGCCUUUUGGGCAUCUAUAAUCUGUAACUGGCGGAAGGUAAAGGGGGAAAAGGGGAAAGGAGUAAAUACAAAAAGUAUUAUAUUUAAGAAAAAAUCACGGGGCAAAAAAUGCUAAAUGUGAAAUUGAGAAACACUGAGGUUUGUAAAAAUUCUGUUCACGAUCACAUGCCAGUAAAUUCAAUGCUUGCCCUUAACAAUGAAUCCAGUCUGGUAAGACAUGAUUAAAAAUCAACAAGGGUUUUUCCUGCAUCUCUGAUUUAUGUAUCUUAUCUAGCCUUUUAUCUCUUUCUGACUGAGACUAUUUUUAAGAAAACAUUCUGAAAGCAAAGAAAGUGAGCACAAGAUAUAUCCCCUGAGGGAAAAGCGACCCUCUCCCAAACAUUGAAAAUCAGCAUCAAGCUUGCACAACAAUAUGAAUAUAUUUAAUACCAUUGAAUUGUUCACUUGAAAAUGGUUAAGAUGGUAAAUUUUAUGUUAUUUGUACUUUAUCACAAUUUUUAAAAUUAAAAAAAAAAAAGAACCAGCAUCAAGAUCUUUUCUGGGAGAAAAAGGAAAACCAAGAAUGUUUGAGAGGGACGAGGAUAUUUGAAACAGUAGAUAGAGUCAAAAACAAAGCCGUGACC